AAACUCGAAAGCAAGCAAGCAAGCAAGCUGAUUGCACGGCGAACACCGGCUUACAAUUCUGAAAUGAAAAAAAAAAAUUCCAAAUAAAAACAAAGGCCUCUUUGAGAAUUCUAAUUUACAGUCUAUGGCUGAGAAAUAAACUCUGAAGAAUAAUUGUCUUUUUUUAUCUAUUUAUGCGCAGUAUGUUUAUUAAAGCCGUUGCUGACACGACAUGACAUUUAUCUGAGUGUAGUGAAACUAUUUAUUCCUUAUUGCACUAUUAUAUAUAUUUUGUACAUAAAUUAAAAAAAUGUGGUAUAGAUAAAUGUGGUUACAUCUUAGAUUAUUAUUUUUGAUAAAUAUUUAAAAUAUUAUGAUUCUAGUUUUAUUAUUUACCACUUUUUAUGUUGAUUAAUUCUGAGUCAUAAAAAUUUAUUGUUAAACUAAAAUUUUUGUUUUCGCUCUUCAUAUAUGUAUUUCAUUUAUAUUUUAUUAAUUUUUACUCAAUGAGGAAUGUUUAUGUUUAUCAAAGGACAUCAAAUUAAUAAAAUGACGGCAAUGUCUCCUUCAGAGAGGCGACUUCAAAAAGAAUUAAUGGCCCUCAUCCGAGAACCUCCUCCUGGAGUGCAAGUAGAUGAAGAUCUCGUUGGCCAAAACCUUACUCAAUGGAUAGUUCACAUGGAAGGUGCAAAAGGCACCCUUUACGAAGGAGAGCGUUUUCAGUUGCAGUUCAAGUUUAGCUCCAAGUAUCCUUUCGAUUCUCCGGAAGUUACUUUUAUUGGAGGAAACAUUCCUAUUCAUCCACAUGUAUACAGUAAUGGACAUAUAUGUUUGUCCAUUUUGACAGAUGACUGGUCUCCGGCUCUCUCUGUUCAAAGUGUUUGCCUUAGUAUUGUGUCUAUGCUAAGUUCUUGCAAAGAAAAGAAACGGCCACCUGAUAAUUCAUUUUAUGUGAAAACGUGUAAUAAAAAUCCAAAGAAGACAAAGUGGUGGUAUCAUGAUGAUAGCGUGUAAAAAUUUUGUACAAGGAUGUAAGAUGUGAGGAUAAAAAUUGAAAAAUUAAAUCCAGCUGAAGUGAAAAAAAUAUCAAAUAAAACUCAAUAGCUCGUAAAUAAAGUUGUGCAUUUUAAAUCAAGCGGUCAAUGAUUGCAGCUUUUAAAUUAUCAUGUACACAAUUUAGAAAAUAAUACUGCGGAUAUAAAGAAGUAACAUUGUUAAAAAAAAAAAAAAAAAAAAAUGAACACUCAAAUUUGAAAAAAAUAAUAAAUAUUUCAAAAAGUAUUAUAAUGUAGUAUAUAAUUUGAAGUUGUCAGAUAAAUAAAUUUUAAAAUAUUCA